AUGCCUAAGAAUAAGGGAAAGGGAGGAAAGAACCGAAGGAGAGGAAAGAAUGAGAACGACAACCUGAAGCGCGAGAUGCCUCGCGUGACCAUGGUCGACUCAGAGAACGAGCCCUGGAAUGAGUACGCCACCAUAGUUUCAGCCAAGGGCGGCGGUAGCUUCAAGGGCAUCUGCUACAUCCACAAACAACACAUGGCCGACUUCAACGUGCCAACAAGCACCGCUCCCGACAAGGAGGGCUUCUACGUCACUGAGAGGCAUCUUCAGAUCCGUGGAAAGCUCCGAAAGAAGCAAUGGGUGCAAGCCGGUGACUUGGUCCUUAUGCAGGUUUGGCCUAAUGAGCGACACAAGGGCAGUAUCGUCGAGCGCUAUCCAUCCGACGAGGCCAGAAAGAUUAAGGAAGAGCACGAGCUGCCGAGCUACGUCAGGAUCAACGAGACGGAUGUUGGAGGAGAGAACAGGGACGACGAUGACGGAUUCGAGUUUGCUGAGGUUGCAGGAGAGGACUCGGAAGAGGAUUCAUCAGACGAUGGCAAGGGACCGAUCGACAUUGAUGAUAUUUGA